UAUGUAUAUGUUAUAACCAUUUUACGAAUGAUGCUAGAAAAUGUAUUGCAACAUAUUAUAAAAUAUAAAAAUUUAAAGGUUAGUUUAAAACCAUUCAAAGAGAUGCAAUAUCAUCGAAUAGCAUAAUUUUUAAUCAACGAUUAUCAUGAGACCUGUUCAAAGACGUCAACAAGGCCUACAAUAUGGCUUGUAUUUAUUAUGUAUGCAGGCUAUAAAUUUUGGUGUUGAUAGAAUACCUCCGGCUACCUUAAUUGGAGUGAUACUACAGGCUCUACUUUAUACAGGCUUAAUAAAAGUUCCGUGGAAUGCAGAAGAUGCAUGUAUAUCAGCAGUAAAAUUAUUUAAAUACCGUGAUUGGCGUUCUUUUAUAGUAUCAAAUUUCGAACAUGGAUCAGAUAUGCAUCUUUAUUAUAAUAUGGUAUCUUUUAUACUGAAAGGCUCAUACUUGGAACUUAUGUAUGGAACAACUGAUUUCGUAUUAUUGCUUGCAUUAUUAUCAUUUGGAUGUAGCACUAUGUAUGUCUUUUUGGCGUAUGUGCUCAUGCAAUUCACAGGAGAUUAUGGAUAUUACACGAUGUGUGCAAUUGGUUUCUCUUCUGUACUAUUUGCAUUAAAAGUGAUAACUAUCUGUGAAGAACAUGAUAGAUCUCAUGAUAUUGGUGGCUUAAGGGUACCAAGUAAAAUAGCAGUUUGGGUUGAACUAGCAUUAAUACAUCUUUUAGUACCAAAUUCUUCGUUUGUUGGGCAUCUUGGUGGUAUAUUAGUUGGAUGUUUAUAUUGUUAUACCUUUGUUGGUGAAUUAAUUGAUAAUUUAAUAUAUAUGAUAACUGGAAUUCCUGUUAUACAUGAAGAACAAUUUUAUAGGCGACGCAAUUUAGGUUUUAGAUAAAGUUAAAAUUUACACAAAAAUCUAAUAUUUUGGUAAAUUUACGUAACUGUUUGAUAUAUAGAAAUAUAUUUUCUUUUAUAUAACUUAUUUAUUACAAUUUAUAAAAAAUUUAAAUUCACUUAAAAUAUAAAUAAGAAAAGUGAAAUUGUAGAUCUCUCUUAUAUUAGUGUGAAUAUAUUCUUACAUUUAAAUCAAUAUAGCAAAAUAUAUUUAUUUUUAUAUACAUAACAGUUCUUGCAAAUAAACUUAUUGAAGCAUAGUGUAGGUUAUUUCAUAUUAUUUUAUUAUUAAUUACGCAAUAUCCAUUCUUCGUCUAAUUAUAUUUAUUUUAAAUAAAAGUACAUAAGUUAAAUAUUUGAAAACUUCUAUAUAAAAAAAAGGAAACAGUAUAAAUACUAUAAAUAUCAAUUAUACGCAAUACUGUUAGUAUAACACAUCACAAUGUUUAUUAAUUAAAUGGAAUGUCACUUUUGUAUUUUUAUUUUAGGCUUUGCAUUAUUCACUUUAAUAUCAUUCAUAAUAAGAUCACAUACAAUGAUAUAAUAAUAAUAUGCCAAUAAAGAUCAUGUUGCAUAUAGCAUUGAUACAUCUUAAUAUUGCUGUAAAUGAGACUAGAUCAAUUAUUUAAUUUUCUAGAUUAAUUAUAUGCUUCUAAUUCAUAUAUAUUGUAUAUUUUUUCUCAUAAGAAAUUUAAAUAAAUCCUGAUUAUUUAUUUGUAUCACAGUUGAAGUGUACGAUACAAUGUACAUCUUAGUUUCUCACACAUAAAAUAGAAGUUAAUAAUUACUUCUUAAAUGAUACAUUACCAUUGUGAAGUGAUACUAUAUUAGCAAAAAUUACUUUUUUUUUUGUACGAAGCAGCACAAUA